AUAAUCAACCUACAUAUGUCUUGUCCCAUAUGUAUAAUCAAAAAUACAACACAAACAAAGCGGAACCGGAGCGAAACGUGUUGGAAUGACACCAUGGAUAUGAAUAUGGAGUCUCAACCUCCUGCACACAAGAGGCAGGAAAAAGAAGAAAAUGUUGAUGCCAUGAAAGGAAAUAUUGGCGCUUGUGGCUGGAUCAUUCUGAUACUGUCUGCUCUGUUUGCUGCUGUCACCUUCCCCAUCUCCAUCUGGUUCUGUGUCAAGAUCAUUCAAGAAUAUGAACGUGCUGUGCUGUUUAGACUGGGACGUAUCAUCUCGGGAAAAGCUAAAGGGCCAGGGCUGAUCUUCAUUCUCCCCUGCACAGACACCUUUAUUAAAGUUGAUCUCAGGGUGAUAUCAUUUGCUAUCCCUCCACAAGAGAUCCUUACUAAGGAUUCAGUGACAACCACAGUUGAUGGGGUGGUGUACUACAAGGUUUACAAUGCCAUUAAAUCUGUGGCAAAUGUCAACAAUGUUCACUUAGCCACUGCCCAGCUGGCACAGACAACGCUAAGGAACAUCUUAGGAACACAAACUCUUUCCAGCAUCUUGUCAAACCGCGAGGAGAUUGCUCACAAUAUUCAAUCAAUACUGGAUAACGCUACCCACCAAUGGGGAGUAAGUGUGGAGCGUGUGGAGAUGAGGGACGUGCGUCUCCCGGUGCAGAUGCAGAGAGCCAUGGCUGCGGAGGCAGAAGCUGUACGGGAGGCCAGAGCCAAGAUUGUGGCAGCAGAAGGUGAGAUGAAUGCCUCCCGAGCCCUAAAAGAAGCCUCCAUGGUGAUAUGCGAAUCCCCCGCCGCUCUACAACUGCGCUACCUGCAAACCUUGAACACAAUUGCAACCGAGAACAAUUCCACCAUUAUUUUCCCUAUUCCUAUUGACCUAUUACAAGGCCUUAGAAAAUGAUCAUCCACACGGCUCUAAAGCAGAGGUGGAUAUCAUGUCCUAUUGUAUGGAAUCUGCUUUACAUAGAGGAUACCUCCAAAAAGUUGGGUAUUCAUAUGGAGGGGUUGUAGAUAAAGGCUUUAUUAACUAAAAUCUUACUUAAAUUGGUGUGCAAAAAGAAUAUCCAGCUUCACAACUAAUUUAAUUGUUGUAAUACAGUGAUCCCUCAACUUACAAUGGCCUCAACAUACAAUAGUUUCAACAUACAAUGGUCUUUUCUGGACCAUUGUAACUUGAAACCAGACUCAACAUACAAUGUACAGACAGUCCAGAUCUGUGAGACAUUUCACAAGUGGAGGAACUGACCAAUCAGAAUGAGCAUUUUACUGGUAAAUCACCUCUAUUACUAAAGUGCAUGCACUGACUGGCUGUCUGGUAGCGCCCCCUACAGCACAGGGAGGAACUACAAGUUCUGUACUACU